AUGGCGAAAAGAAAGAGACAAGCCGCUGCUGCCAGCGAACCCGUUCCAGAGCCUGUAUCCACCAAAAAGUCAAAAACUACAGAGAAAAAGGCGAAGCCAACGACAAGCAGCAACAAGUUUGUGGAGGAAACCAUUCAGAUCGUCGCCGGAUCCUACGACCGAGUUCUCCAUGGACUGACGGCCACAAUUGGCGCCAAGGGAGACGCCGAGUUCGCCGAUACGUUCCUCUUCAAUGCGCACGCAUCCGCCAUUCGAUGCGUUGCCGUGUCUCCCAUCUCACCCCCGGUUCCGGGUCAGACGCAAAAGGUCCUUUUGGCCUCUGGCGCCACGGACGAGCGAGUUCACGUUUACAAUUUGUCGGCGCAUCCCCCGAGCAAGAAGAACCGCGAUGCAUUGGCCAGCGUGGCUCCGAGACCGAUCCUGGAGAACCCCAAGAACAGAGAGCUAGGAACGUUGCUGCACCACGACUCGACAAUUACGGCGCUGAGGUUUCCUACGAGGUCGAAGCUUCUUUCGGCGAGUGACGAUUCGACAAUUGCUGUGACACGUACACGAGACUGGUCCAUGUUGAGCAAUAUCAAGACACCGAAGCCAAAGGCUCAUGGCCGACCAACCGGUGAUACAGCGCCUUUCGGCGGUACACCUUCCGGAGUCAACGACUUUGCGAUCCAUCCGAGCAUGAAGCUGAUGAUUAGCGUUGGCAAGGGAGAGAGAUGUAUGCGAUUGUGGAAUCUCGUCACCGGAAAGAAGGCGGGCGUGCUGAGCUUUAGCAAGGAGAUGCUGAGAGAGGUCGGAGAGAGCAAACAUGCCAGUGGCGAGGCACGAAAAGUGACUUGGGGAACAGCAGACGGAGCGGACGAGUUUGCAGUGGGAUUCGACCGGGAUAUCAUUGUUUUCGGAAUGGACAGUGUGCCAAAGUGCCGGGUCAUGCCGACGACCAGAGUCAAGAUACACCAUUUUACCUACGUUACCAUCGAUGAGGAGACGGGAGAUGCGCUGCUAGCUGUCUCGACGGAGGAUGGCCGUGUUGCAUUCUUCUCGACAAAGGCAGACGACCUCUCAAAACCCGAGCCUUCGGACAAGGACGACAAGAAGGCAUCCGAAGGAGCUUUCCCCGUGGCCAAGUUCGUCGGCUACGUAGGAGGAGAAGGCGUUUCAGGCAGAAUCAAGGACUUUGUCGCCAUACCGAGCACGGGCAACCCGGGGACGUUUUACGUGGUUGGGGCGAGCAGCGACGGCAAGAUUAGGGUGUGGACGGUGCAGGCGGAGGAGCUGCUGGAGGCGGCGAGGAAGAAGGAUGCCAAGAUUGAGAAGCCGGCGGGAGAGCUGAGGGGGACGUAUGUCACGCAUAAUCGGGUUACGUGCUUGGCGGCGUUUUUGAUGGUGGAGAGGCCCGAGGGGGCGGAGGAUAGUGAGGAGGAGGUUGAGGAGGAAGAGGCCGAGAGUGAUAGCGAGGAGGAGGAUGAGUAG